UCCUUUAACUAUUUAAGGAUGCAACACUGAACCAAACCAAGCCUAAUAUUUCAGACACUAGCAAAAAAAUGAGUUCUCUCAGUUUCCUCACUUUUCUUGUUAACCUGUUUCUCUUGCAGCUCAUAGCUAGUUCUUAUGCAGCAAAACUUAGAGUUGACUAUUACAGAAAAACAUGUCCAAAUGUUGAAUCAAUAGUCCACAAUGCAGUUGAGAUGAAACUUCAGCAAACAUUUGUAACAGCACCUUCUACACUUAGGCUCUUUUUCCAUGAUUGUUUUGUUCAGGGAUGUGAUGCUUCUGUGAUGUUAGCUUCAAGAAACAGCACUUCAGAGAAAGAUAAUGCUAUCAAUCUAUCACUAGCUGGUGAUGGUUUUGACACAGUGAUCAAAGCAAAAGCUGCAGUUGAAAGUGUUCCUGGCUGCCAAAAUAAGGUUUCCUGUGCCGACAUUUUGGCAUUGGCAACUAGGGAUGUCAUAAAAUUGACAGGAGGGCCAGCUUAUGCAGUAGAGUUGGGAAGACUAGAUGGAAGAAUCUCUACAAAAGACAGUGUCACAAACCAUCUACCUCAUCCUGAAUUCAAACUAGCAAAGCUAACCAGAAUGUUUGCUUCACACGGCCUCACUCUAACCGAUCUAAUUGCUCUAUCAGGAGCGCAUACUAUUGGAUUCUCUCACUGUAACCAAUUCUCGAAACGAAUUUACAACUUCAAAAGUGGGAAGAUAAUUGAUCCGUCACUUAAUCCUAGAUAUGCAAAACAGCUCCAACAAGUGUGUCCAAAAGAUGUAGACCCUAGACUUGCCGUUGAUAUGGAUCCUAUUACACCUACGACAUUUGAUAACCAAUACUACAAGAAUCUUCAGCAAGGAAUAGGACUACUCGCUUCUGAUCAAUCGUUGUUUACUCAUAAAAGUUCAAGAAACUUAGUCAACUUGUUUGCAUCCAAUAACACAGCCUUUGAAAAAGCCUUUGUUAUUGCUAUAACAAAGCUUGGCCGAGUCGGAGUCAAAACUGGAAGGCAGGGUGAAAUCAGGCACGAUUGCUCGAUGAUCAACUGAGUCAUUCAGUCACCUUGUUUUGAGAUCAAUAUCAAUAUUUAUCUUAGUUUCUUCUUGUUUUUUCUUUCUGUUGUAAAGAAUGUAUCGAGAAACAGUAUCAAUAUUCAAUACGUAUUCGGAUUUUAA